AUGAGGCAUGUGUAAUCUUGGAUCAAAUCUGGUCAGACAGGUUUGAACACUGAAUUUGAAAGAAAGCGAGGGAGAAGGGGUGAAUAAAACAGAGUUCAGGAGGGAGGAGUAGAACAUACUCCAAAAGCAAGCCACAUGUAAGAUUUUCUAUCACACCUGUACAACUGAAUCACCUGGAUAUAGCACAAGGAGUGAGAGAAGACAGGACAAAAGGAAGAAUUGUAAAGAGCCCUCUGCACAGCCAUGCCACUCUCACGCAGCUUCCUGUCCGAAGAGCAACUGCUGUGUUCCAUCUGCUUAGAUGUGUUUGACAAUCCUGUGUCCGCACCCUGUGGCCACAGCUUCUGCAUGGCCUGCAUUGACCAGUACUGGGACUCAGCCAAGCACUGCCAGUGCCCCCUCUGCAAGCAGACCUUCAAGAGAAAGCCUGAUCUCCACAUUAAUCGCACUCUCUGUGAGAUCACCGAACAGUUCAAGCAGAUGACGGGCAAAGCAGGAGCCUGUGGGGGGGUUGGGGUAGGUGCAGAUGUUGAGGAUGGGGGAAGAAAACAACGGUCAGUUAAUGGGACACUAAAGCCAUUUCAUCUACCAGGUGAUCUCAUUGAUGAAAUGAAAUGGAAAUUCACCAAGCCUUCUCCAAAUGGUAAUUCUCAAACAUGUCAUGAUGAAACCGGACUGAACCAUACCGUCACAUCAAACAACGAUAGUACUGAUAGUGCCCAGCCAGCCUUUUUAACCAGACAGGUGUCAAUGCGAAGGUUUACUCUAAGUGGGGCGGCAGACACUAUGAAAGUGCCCCUUUGUACAAAACACCACUGCAGCCUGGAGCUGUUCUGUCGAUCCGAUUUGGAAUGUAUUUGUGUAGAGUGUGGACAAACAGAACACCACUCACACAACAUCAUAUGUGCGGAAAAAGAGUGGCAUUGUAACAAGGUGAAGAUUGGUAUCGCAGAGACAGAGAUACAGGAGAUGACCAAGGAGAGGAUGCAGAAAGUGGAGGAGAUAAAACAUUCACUGACUGACAUCAAAAUGCUGGGUGAACGUGAGGCACAACGUAACAAACAGGUGUUUGGAGCAUUGGUGAGCUCCAUUGAGCGCAGCCAGGUGGGACUGUUGGAGGUGAUGGAGAUUAAUCGUCACUCAGCAGAGCACCAGGCUGAGGUGAUGAUCAAAGAGUUGGAUCAGGAGAUCGCAGAGCUGAGGAGGAGGGGCUCUGCGCUGGGUCAACUGGCCCAAACUGAAGACUACGUCAUUGGACUGAGGGGCUACUCUGAUCUCACCACCCCCUUGUCAAUCAAAGACUGGACAGGAGUCUCACUGACCUGUGACCUUGGAACCAAAGCAUUUUACGACUCUGUUUGUCAAAUACUGGAACAGUUUGAGGAGCUUCGGAAACAACCUGCCAUUUGCUUCUCGGUGUCUGCUGACCAAUCACCAAUGAGGUCACACCCAAAAGUGAAGACAAUACAAGAAUAUGCAGUGGAUGUGACGCUGGACAUCAACACUGCCCAUCCUCGCCUCGUCGUAUCAGAAGACAGAAAGAAGGUGUGUUGUGUUGACAGGCACCAGCCAGUUCCCAACAACCGUGAGCGUUUCGAUCGUGUGGUUUGUAUACUGGGCCACGAGGGCUUCACCGGUGGCCGACACUACUGGGAGGUCGAGGUGGGUGACAAGACCGACUGGGACCUGGGGGUGGCUGGUCAUUCCAGCAACAGGAAGGGUAAGAUCAUAGUCAGUCCCAGCAACGGCUACUGGUUCUUAAGCUUGCGGGACAAAAACAAUUACGCUUUCAGGACAGAGCCUUCUACUGCACUAACUCUCAGCCUGAAACCUCAGAAGAUAGGGCUGUUUGUGGACUAUGAAAAAGGCCAAGUGUCCUUCUUUAAUGUGGAUUCAAAGACGCACAUCUACACUUUCAUGGAUAACUUCUCUGAGACCAUUUAUCCGUUCUUCAGUCCCUGUACCAACAAAUCUGGCAAAAAUGAUGCUCCGCUGGUGAUCACGCCUGUCCUUCUCGACUGAACAGUGAGGAAAGAGGUUUUAGAUGGAUUUUUGCAUUGUAACUGGUCUGUCUCUUUGAACAUUUGAACACUGGCACAUAAUGUCUAUUUCAGUGAUUACACAGAAAACACUUUCACUGCUAAAAAAACAAUCCUUUUAUACCAGGAAUUAUGCUCUAAAGUCCAUCAUUCUUAUAACAUACCAAAAUCAACAGCUGUUUUGGAAUAAAAUAUAUACAUGUUUCUUAUCAAAUCGAACAACAAAAUUACACUAAAAUCCGCAAUGAAUAACGAUCUAUAAUCAUCAAUGUCAACAUUGUACCAAUAUCCUCUACUUGUCAGGUACUGAAGAGAAAUAAAAUUAUAAAUAAAUACUUUUGGAAAAACAGAAAAGUAUUGGUAAAUUCAUGUGUUUAGUAUAUCAGUGUCAUAGGCCUAUUUCAUUUAGACUAAUUAGUUUCCAGUCUUUCCAGCCUAGUUUCCAGUGUCUGUUCACAAGAGAUUGUGUUUAAGGGGAUGUUGAUUUAGUGUUAAUUUCAGUGUUAAAUAGCAAGUUACUGCAUGUAAUUUCUCUGUUUCUGUUUUUCCCUCCCACCCUUCUGCUUCACUUACCCUUAAAACUCUGACCACUAAACUUAUAACGUCCCACCCUGUCUCUGUCUCUUUCUUACUAACUGUGUACCAAACAGCAUAGGGCCAUAUUUCCCAACAGUGAAACAGUGGAAGUUAAAGCUUUCACUUACAUAAUAUGUAACAUCAGAACCACCCAAUGUCUGCUAAAUACACUGUAAUCAACACUAACUAUCUUUACAUUGUUGUAUUUUUACGGCUCUCGGUAACUCCCAAACCAAAUCUUAACGGUAUUACUCUGUACACCGUGCUUGCUGAAGCAUGUCACAAAGUAACUGUCAGAGAGAAGACACCUGAGGGCUGACUGAAUGCUGACAUGAUGAAUGCAUUUCCCCAACACGCUGCCUGGUGACAAACCUACUGGCUUUUCAAUUGUACUGAAGAGUAACCAUUUUUUUUUUUACUAUCGAUCCAAACGGCUAUUCAAUGACUUUUAAUGUGGCCUAUCGACGUAAAGAAAGCAUGCCAUGAACUAAAUCUGCCUGAGUUAACAUAUACUGUAUGUCUGCACUGAUAACUUUUGAAUUUAAUUGCAUUUAUUUUUAUUUUAUUUAAAAA